GAGAGGGGAAAGUUCUAUUGGCCUGUAUUGUUACCUCACCGACGCCGUCCGCCAUUUUGAUUUUGGUAGUCAAGGACGCGUCGCCAACGGUUCAUUCAUUCAGCAUCAGUCAAAAACAUGGCUAACACCGAUCACAAUUACGCAAAGGACCCAAAUGCCCCAAAUACACCAAAAUAUAUAGGCACACAAUGUGCUGCUGUAGGGUGUUACAAGUCCACAGGAAGGAACAAGGAGGUGGCAUUUCAUUCAUUUCCCAAAGAAAAAAAAAGGUGUGCAGAAUGGAUUAAUAACAUCAGGCGGGAGGACCUAUGUGGUUUACAGACCGAUGAAAUGAAGCAUAGGAAAGUAUGCAGUGACCAUUUCGCCAUUUCACAAUUUGUGAACCCAUUGGACAGGUUCUUAGUCAUUCUGUUGCGGCUGCACUGCUCACCAUGGCAGACAUGGGGAAGCUAAGAGAGGGGGCAAAAACGACGGCAGAUUUUGUAGCCCACUUUAACCAGAUGUUUGACUGCUUUAACAGUAGCACAUUGUCCAGCAGCACACCACAAAAGGAUGCCUUCAGAGAGACACAUAUUGAUUUUAUCAAUGAGAGUAUUAACUGGCUGGCAUCUGUCAGAUGUGCCAGUGGCAACAGCUUGAAUUGCCUAAAUGGUUGGAGGCAUAACCUAAGAGCAAUCAAGGAAAUCUGGGCUGAAUUGAAAGAGAAAGGAUUUCAGUUUCUAUUUACGAGGCACCUCAACCAGGACUGCCUGGAACACUUCUUUGGGGUGAUCAGAGCGAAGGGCGGGCACAGGGACAAUCCAGACCCUCAGCAAUUCCGAUUAGACUACAGGCAGGCCGUGCUAGACUAUCUAAUGACAUUUGGGAGAAAUACAAAUUGCGAACCGGAGGAAAUACACCUAUUGCUGCAAUUGUCCCAUUUGUUUGAGAGCUGCACUGAGUCAUCGCAGAUGGCAACUCCCCAUCCAUGCACCGCACUGACCAUGCCUCACGAGAGCUGCACUGAGUCAUCGCAGAUGGCAACUCCCCAUCCAUGCACCGCACUGACCAUGCCUCACGAGAGCUGCACUGAGUCAUCGCAGAUGGCAACUCCCCAUCCAUGCACCGCACUGACCAUGCCUCACGUACAGUCUACUGAUGAGGAACCCACAUUCCCUGGACUGGACAACACAGAGUUCAUGAAGGGGCUGGACGUCAUUGAGGGCAAUGUGUCAGUGUACCUUGCUGGCUAUGUGGCCUUCAGAGCCUCUGCCAAAUUUGAUUGCAAGAGUUGUGUUACGCUGUGGGAGGCAAACGAGGAGGACAGAGAUACACUCAAGGAGAAAUACACCUUUUUCAGAUAUAAGCAGUUCAGGGAUGGGUUAUUCCCACCAAGUGUUGUAUUACAGCGUACAACAGAGCAAAUUGAACACAUUUUUAGAUGCCAAUACCCCCACAUUUCUAAAGGGAAACAUGUCCUGGCACUCUUAAAAUCUGCAGUAUAUCAGAGUGUGAAUUUGGAUGCUGUUAUAUGUUCUCAUCAUACUUAUUGA